AUGCACGUCCCAUUCUUCACCGUUCCUCUGCUGGCGGCGUCCUUGCCCAUCGCCUCGGCUCAGCUAAACUACUACGCGAAGAAAGCAGGCUUGCUGUACUUUGGUGCCGCGACCGACUCCCCUGGACAGCGCGAGCGCGCUGGUCUGGAGGCAUCUUACGAGCAGUACGACGCCAUCCUCGAUGACAUCAACGAGUUUGGCCAGACAACUCCAACCAAUGGCCAAAAGUGGCUCUUCACCGAGCCCUCGCCGGGCGUUUUCAAUUUCACAGAGGGCGAUAUCGUGACCUCCAUCGCCGAAAAGAAUGACCAGAUCCUCCGCUGUCACGCCCUUGUCUGGCACAGCCAGCUCGCCCCCUGGGUCGAGACAACAGAAUGGACGCCCGAGGAGCUCACCGAGGUAGUAGUCAGACACAUCCACGAGGUUGCCGGUCACUACAAGGGCAAGUGCUACGCCUGGGACGUCGUCAAUGAGGCCCUUAAUGAGGAUGGCACCUAUCGCGAAUCCGUUUUCUACAACGUUCUCGGCGAGGAGUACCUCAAGUUAGCCUUCCGCACUGCGGCGGAGGUCGAUCCGGCGGCAAAGCUGUACUAUAAUGACUACAACCUCGAGUCAGUCGGUCCUAAGAGCGAGGGUGCCAAGCGCAUUGUAAAGCUGCUCCAGGACGAUGGUAUCAAGGUUGAUGGCAUUGGUAUGCAAGCUCACCUUGUAGCACAUAGCGCGCCUACCCUGGAUCAGCAGGUCGAGGUCAUUCGUAGCUACGCCGAGCUUGGAGUCGAGGUUGUCCUGACAGAGCUGGACGUCCGAAUUGAGCUUCCAGUCAAUGAGACAAACUUGGAGUGGCAGAGAGAGGUAUACAAGAACUCUACCACUGCUUGUAUUCGGGUACCGGCUUGCAUUGGCAUCACGAUCUGGGACUUUUACGACCCUUUCAGCUGGGUUCCUGGCGUCUUUGAGGGUGAGGGUGCUGCCCUUCUCUGGUUUGAAGACUUCAGUAAGCACCCGGCCUACGACGGCGUUCUUGAGGCAUUGAAGAACAAGACUGGACCUCCCUGCAGAAGAAGACGGUCCUUAGAGUCUGCCAAGAGCAAAAAACUCUUCUAA